UUACUGUCAUGUAUGGAACAGAAGCACAGGACAUAUACACAGCAUGUAAAGAGGGAGAUGAAAGUUAUGUGAGACAGUGGCUAGCUCGAGCAGAAAACGAUGUAAACCGAGGGGACGGGCACGGUUUUACACCACUACACUGGGCUACCCGUUAUGGACGGACCCGGAUAGUGGAGAUGCUUUGUAGUCGGGCAGCUAGAGUCAACGCUAGCAACAUGGGAGGCGAUGCACCGCUCCAUAUCGCUGUUUCUUUUGGGCAACAGGAGAUCUUGUACAAGCUGAUUGCACAGAAAGGUAAUGUUAACGCAACCAAUGAACACGGCAACACCCCCCUUCACUACGCUUGUUUCUGGUGCUACGAUCAGAUUGCUAUCGACCUUGUAUCGGCUGGCGGGUUAGUCUCAAUGGCUAACAAAUAUGGAGAAACUCCCCUUCAUCGUGCAAAGGAUUCUCUCAAACAGAAACUCUCGGAGAAAGCUAUAAAGUUGGGACAGAACCUGGAUAUUAUACCCUUCAAAGAGGACGCUAAGAAGAAGAAACGAGCCAAUCUGGAUUUGUACUGCAGACAACCCGAGAUAGACUUCAGAACAAUUACCGUGGGUGAACAGAUCGACAGUGGCAGUGUUGGUGAGAUCUUCAAAGGAAGCUGGGGUAGGUAUCAAGUUUGUAUCAAGAAGCUACGGAACCAGAACCUCUCAACUCAGCAGCUCAAGCAGUUUAAUGAGGAGGUCCCCAAACUAAGGUUAUUUACUCAUCUGAACAUUCUGCCAGUCAUAGGAAUGUGUUCCCACCCUCCCAACAUCGCUGUAAUUAGCGAGUUCAUCUCUCUGGGCUCCCUGCAUACCGUCAUCCACCCAAAAGAAGGUGACGCUAUUUUAGAAAAUGACGUGGUUAUAAGGAUCGCGCAGGAUAUUUCACGUGGGAUGGCCUUCUUGCACGCGCACGAACCUGCCGUACACGGAUACUAUCUCUCAAGCAACAACGUCAUGCUGGAGGAUGACAUGACUGCUAGACUGAGUUUACCCUCAGUUCACUUACCGUUUGUCAGAACGUCUGUGUUCUCCCAACCUUCUUAUCUUAGUCCUGAGGCUGCACGUGCGCGACUAGACCGAGAUGACCAGAAGAAGGCUGACAUGUGGAGUUUCGCAGUCCUGUUUUGGGAGAUGGUCACUGGAAGAGUUCCUCAUGAUGGAGUCCCACCAAUGCUCGUCGGAAUUAAGAUCGGGAAAGACGGUCUCCGUCCUGAACACCCAGAAACCAUGAGUCCAUCAAACAAGAGAUUCCUGGACAUUUGCUGGAACAGAGAUCCACUCAAGAGACCGAGCUUCGAGCGAAUCAUCCCCAUUCUCGAGAAAAUGGCUGGUUAAAAACCGACGUGAUGUUAGGUGUACUGAUUGCAUUCAUAAGAAGGACUCCGAAAAUGAACUUUAAAUUUAAAUUGUUGAGAUAUCUUGGACUGAAAACUUAUGACUUGAAUGGGAUUUUGUUUUGUUAUUUUAAAAUUUAUAAUACCUUUAUUUUCUGUAAUUUGGUAUUGCGACGAUGGCUAAGGCUUCACUGAGAGUAGUACAGUGCUGUAAAGGAGCGAUGAAGUAGAAUUCUCAGUGUGGUGAUAAUAUCGAAAUAUAGUGCUGUCGUAAUUAAUUAAUUAAUUAUGGUUACCUUUGAGGGUGUACUCAAUCCGCAACGCCGCAAUAGCAAAUUAUAUAACACUUUCACUACUUAUAAAUUAAGGUGUCAUUUAUUAAGUUCAUAUAUUCCGUAUAUUUUAUUGUACUUAAACUUUGUAUAAAUUUGGUAUAAUACAUUAAUGUGACAAAUUCAACGUUCUUUUAAAGUUUAAGUGAAGAUUUUUACAGUUUUGAGAUGACUUGGCAGGUAGCCAGCGGGUUCCCGCACAUUCCAGCAGGUUCCCGCACAUUUAAAGAAGGAGAAAAUAACGUCUCUUUGCCUUAAUUUUUCGAUUUUUGAAGAAUAACUCUUAGCGUUCGAUCAUCACAUCACAAAUAUUACGAAUAUUACAAAUGAAUUUAUAUUCGAUUGUCUCGUCAUGAUUUGACAAUUUUGAUCGAUCUGAUAUUAUACUCUUUAAAUUAAAUUACAAAUUAUGAAUUAAGAAUCUGUAAUACUAGAAAUAAUAGACGAUAUCAUAUGAAAAUGUUACAAAUAUAAACACUUAUGUUAUGAAUAUGAACACAGUUUAUGUUAUAAAUAUAAACAGUUUAACAGUGCUGGAAUUGAGUUUGCACGAGGAUUGAUGAUCACCACAUUAGGUUGGACACAUGAUGAUGCUUUUCCAAUAUGGUUUUGGUUUAACUUCAAGUUUAUCAUGGUUCUUGACUGAUAAAUAAUUAGAUGGUUAAGACAUCGCUGUAUUGUACAAAUUCCAACUUCAUA